AUGCUGACACAACUGCGCCUAAACGUCAUGGCUUCUUACGGUUGGCACCUUUGGACAGUCAUUGUGGCACUUUCCUUCGCAUCGCUUCUUUCUGCUUUGGACUCAUCCAUCAUCUCCACCGCUCUGCCGACCAUUAUGCACGACCUGGGCUCUAGCCCUGCCUAUUCCUGGGUUGCCAAUGGCUAUUUUCUCACGUCCACGGCGUUUCAACCUCUCUUUGGGCAGACAGCCAACAUUUUUGGACGGCGAAUUUUGACUCUCUCUGCCGUGCUCCUUUUCACUAUCGGCUCAGCCAUCUCGGGAUCAGCGGUGACCAUUGCGGCUUUGAUUGCUGGUCGUCUCAUACAAGGAAUUGGAGGUGGAGGAAUCAAUGUGAUGACACAGAUCGUAGUGUCCGACUUGGUCCCAUUGCGCGAUCGGUCUAGGUUCAUGAGCAUCAUCUUCUCGUUUUACUCUAUCGCCCUUUCUAUCGGUCCCGUCGUUGGUGGGGCUUUAGCUGAGCAUUCGUCAUGGAGAUGGAUAUUCUACCUUAACCUGCCUAUCGCUGGGGUGUCGUUCGCUUCGCUGCUCUUAUUUCUGCAUGUUCCGUACAUUCCAGAUCUUAGAUCAAACAUUUUUCGACGUGUUGAUCUCACAGGCAAUGCCCUCCUCAUCGCGUCUGUCAUCUCCGUUCUGAUAGCUUUAACUUGGGCUGGGUCUGAGUACCCCUGGUCAUCUUGGAGGGUUCUUGUGCCUUUGAUUCUGGGAAUCCUUGGAAUCGCUGGUUUUCUCAUACUCGAAUCCACGACGCUAAUCCCAGAGCCUACGAUGCCGAUCAGGAUAUUUGCCAACCGAACGUCACUGCCCAGUUUCGGGCUAUCAUUUAUUCACUCGAUGCUCACAUAUUGGGUAUCCAACUAUCUUCCCGUAUACUUCCAAGCCGUUUUGGAAGCGACACCUACCGGAUCCGGUGUUGAUGCCCUACCCAGCGUCUUUAUCGCCAUGCCAUUUGCGAUUGCUGCGGGAUUCGGGCUGUCAUUCUUCAAUAGAUUCAAGCCUUUUAUGUUCGCCGGCUUCGCUUUCUUGGCUGCAGGUUACGGUAUGCUCAGUCUCCUUGAUCAAUCAUCGUCCACAGCGUACUGGGCUGCAUCACAAGGCGUGGCAGCCGCCGGCACAGGCAUGCUUAUGUCUGUUGCUCUGCCCGCGAUCCAGGCCCCUCUAGCUGAAGCGGACCAGGCCAUCACCACAGCUGCAUGGGGCUUUGUGCGUUCGUUUGGUGGUGUCUGGGGCGUGGCAAUACCAACAGCGAUUUUCAACUCACAGGCCAAUUCUCUGCUUUAUCGUGUCAGCGAUGAUAUGAUCAGGAGCAGACUUGCAAAUGGUGGUGCUUAUGCGUUGGCCACCAGAAGCUUCAUGAUGACAUUAAACUCUCAACCCAUUAUCAAGGGCCAGGUACUCAGUGUCUACGUAGACAGUCUGAAGCUGGUUUGGCAGGUUGGUAUCGCUUUCAGUCUCCUGGGAUUCGUGGUCACUUUUAUUGUCAAGGGCAUACCCCUUCGAGAGAACCUGGGAACAGACUUUGGAAAUUCUCCGUACGACAAGGACCAAAUAGAUGAGAAAGACGACAACUCUUCGUUGAUGGAUGAGCAUCUGGAGAAUUGA